CCUGUGACUCGCUGACUUGGAAACCGGAAGAGGAAGUCGCUGCCGCAGCAAUGCAGAGGGAGGAGAAACAGCUUGAGGCGUCAUUAGAUGCACUGCUGAAUCAAGUGGGUGAUCUGAAGAACUCAUUGGGGAGUUUCAUUUACAAGUUGGAAAACGAGUAUGACCGGCUGACCUGGCCCUCUGUCCUGGACAGCUUUGCCUUGCUCUCUGGACAGUUGAACACACUGAACAAGGUCUUGAAGCAUGAAAAGACACCACUGUUCCGUAAUCAGGUCAUAAUCCCUCUGGUGUUAUCUCCAGACCGAGAUGAAGAUCUCAUGAGGCAGACGGAAGGACGAGUCCCUGUUUUCAGCCAUGAAGUGGUCCCUGACCAUCUGAGGACCAAGCCUGACCCUGAGGUGGAAGAGCAAGAGAAGCAACUGACAACGGAUGCCGCCCGCAUUGGCACUGAUGUAGCUCAGAAGCAGAUUCAGAGCUUGAAUAAGAUGUGCUCAAAUCUCCUGGAGAAAAUCAGCAAAGAGGAACGAGAAUCAGAGAGUGGAGGUCUCCGGCCAAACAAGCAGACCUUUAACCCUGCAGAUACCAAUGCCUUGGUGGCAGCUGUUGCCUUUGGGAAGGGGCUCUCUAACUGGAGACCCUCGGGCACCAGUGGUCCUGGCCAGCCAGGUCAACCAGGAGCUGGGACCAUCCUUGGGGGAGCCUCAGGAUUACAGCAGGUACAGAUGGCAGGAACUCCAAGCCAGCAGCAGCCGAUGCUCAGUGGAGUGCAAAUGGCCCAAGCAGGUCAACCAGGGAAAAUGCCAAGUGGGAUAAAAACCAACAUCAAGUCGGCUUCAAUGCACCCCUACCAGCGGUGACAAGGCUUCUGGACCAGGACAAACUGUCCACCUGCAGCUCUGGUGAAGCUCGGGCCUGCUGUACUCUCCAUCCUCUGAGAAGCUCUUACCCAGGAAAUAGCCACAAAGUCCUCUGUCCUUUACCCCACCCUGUACACAUGCAGGAAGAUGUCGAGGGGCCGGAGAUGAGGGCUUCCUAGGAAGUGACACUACUGGGCAGGACUGUGUGAGAAAGGGUUUUGCUUUGCACAUGCAAAAGCUCCUUCUUCUCUGGACUUAGUUUUCUUAUUUUGGAGGGAAGAGGGACUUGCAUGUCACACCAUCUUUCAUCAGGGUUUCGUUGUCCUCAUACGAGGGCCUCAUUCCUGCCCUUAGCCAGAUUUUCACAGUCCACUGAGUGGUCACAGUCCACUGAGUCUGUGACCCAAAUAAGAGCCAGAUGGAUGGAGCUGCCCACAUGGCCUUUGUCUGCUUUAAUAAAGCUGAAGAGCUGAGUGAGUUUGGGUCUCCAACCUAAGUUGCCUUUCUUAGUACUCCUUUGUGGGUUAGGGCUGAUGUGAGUCAGGAGAAGUGGACCAAAGGGUUACUCUGAGUAUAAAGAUUUUUAAGUUGAUGGCCACUGUGUCUGCUGACACAGGCUUAUCUGCUGACAAUCUACGAGAGCUACGUGGGGAUCAGAGACUGUAAUGUCAGAGGCUUUCAAGGGUGCUGCGAAAUAAUUCUAAUUUGUGCUCCAUGAAAAGUUUUCUUAUCUUUGAUUACUUUGAUCUAAAAGCCCUAAGAGAAGAACCUGCUCAUAUCUUCCAGCUGCCUUUUUCUGUUUUCUUCUGUCACACAUCAGUACUUGGGCAUUUGUUCAUUGCCAGGCAGAAUUCUGCCAGGCUGUGGCAGCAGAGGACUGGAAAAGUGGUCUCAGAUCUCACAUGCAUUCAUGUUCCAUCAAGAUGGUGUCCAUAAAGUUCACUGACCAUGGCACACAGCAACGUGGGGAGACAUUUCCUUGGCUCUGAGGUAAUGCCUCACCUUUCCCUCCUCACAUCAGCAGUACCGCCUUCAUCUGCCAGCCCACUCAGUUGUUCAUUGUCUUUACCUUUUCCCACUGAAUGGCAAAGCUAACUGUCAUAUUGAACAGAAUUGAAGCUGUGGUUCCCUAACUUCCCUGGGGCAAAUUUUGGUGCCUGCCGACCUUUACUCCACCAAAAGGUUGCCUCCUGUUGAAAGGUGCCAACCCAACCUCCUUUUUAUUCCAGGCUGAUACUGAUUUCAUUCCCACCAUAUUAUUUGAAAGGUCUUCUUGCCCCACCAAGAAUAUACACUGGACCUUAUCUACAUCUGUGCCCUUGAAUAAAAAAGUUCCUUGUGCUGGAGACACACACAUCUCCAUAUUUUUCGUUCUGGGAACAUGUGUUAUCACUGCCCACACUCCAUCGCCCACAGCUGUGGAGUACAAAAACCUAUGAAGCAUCACUAACAUUGGGGCCCAUCCAACCUGGUAAAGGUGUCAGUGGAGAGCCUCUCCCACCCCUAACAUGGGUAUUCCUUCAGGAGGGGAAACUAUGGUGUGUUCUUCAAAGAAGAGGGCAUGACCUCUUUGCUCAGAGAGGACUUGCAAAAGAUGGCUUUCUUGUUGCGCUCUGGUAGUAUUCCUCGAUUUCUCACUGCUCUGUUUUACCUGAGCACUGUGCUAUCCCCUACUUUGGAGGCUUCCAGAGAAUGAAAUUAGAUCCUUGCCUGUCAGGUUUAUGUCUAGGUUGGAGAAAAAAGCAGCUGCUGUCAACCUUGAGAUGUUACCACAGCACAGAGUUCAUGCUGCAGAUGGAAGCUUCAUGAAUCAAUGUCAGCUUUACACCGUUGCCUAAGACCACUCCUUCUCCAACUCUGCCCUGGUGCUGGGAUUCAGUGACUGUUGAACUUCCCUUUUACUCACUGCCCUGGUCACCCUAUUCUCUUCUUCCUCUGAUGUCUUUUGCCACCCUACCUAUUUGGCUCACUGAACCUUAUACUUCCUUGAGAAACAACCAAGAUAAAAAGAUGUAACUGAGUGUUCCUUCUAACUCCAUACUGGGUCCUGGCAUUAGAACUGAACUGGAGCGGGUGUAUUCCACCCCUGUCCUACUGCUGAAGGAAAGAAACAGCUCUACAGGAAUGCCCUAGUGCAAGGCUGGUUCCUUUUCACACCCCCUCCUCACCUCCCCCAGGCAGCUGGAAACAACCUCUCCCUUUGUGUGAGCUUCUUGUACAGAAUAAUCCUCCUUAUGGACAAUGUAUUCUCUGUACCCCGUGGACACAGGAGCCGUGUGAGCUGAUCCCAGCACCAGGCAGGACGGAGGCUGAAUCCUUCCAAACGCCCACCCUGGGUCAACUCCUGAUUUCUGUCCAGAGAAACUACUAGGGGUUGUGCAUUUUCUUCCAUCUGCUCCAGAUUUGGGGGCAUGGCCUAUUGAAGUUUAGCAGUGGGCCAGGAAUAGUGCCACGGCCUGUGGUCCCUUUUCGGUUCAGUCCUGAGAGUUUACCAUGUCAAAUUAUAGAAGUUCAAUAUGACUCUGGCCUGACAGCCUUGAAGGCACAGGGGCUUAACACUUGGAAAAGAUCUGCCAUCCUGCAGAUUGGGCUUCCUAAUUGGAACAGAAGACAGAUUUUCCAGCCAUCCUACAGCAACAUAGCACCCUCAACAGAUGUUAUCCCACAGGACAACAGUUCUUUUUCCCUUUUCCCUUUCUUUUUUGUUCUUGAGCUCUGUGUCACUGAGGCAGAACCUGGAUCUCAUGUGGUCCCAGGAUGUCACCUACUAUUUGGCAUCUUCUCCAGGUGCAGCCUGGAUAAGGCACCUGAGCCUUAAGUUUUCUCACCUGAGUGAUCUUCCUAGUUCUAUAAUCUCUGGCAGUGAUUCUCAAGCACAUUUGUUCCAGUUAUUUUUUUCAUUAUAUAGCUGUGUUAUAUAAAAUAACCCUAAAUUUUCCUAAGUGAGCCUCCAAAGCCCUCCAAAGCCCUCAACCCCCCAUAGAGGGCUCCUAAAGUUCCCUCUUGGUCACAUGCAAUUUAACAUUUCCUCUAGACUACUUCCCUCUAAUUAAUUUCUGGCUUUAUUCUCUAAUGAAAACUUGCCAAAGAGAUGGUGAAUUACCACAGAGAUUCAUGUAUUCAGAGAAAUCAUCUUCCCACUUUCUCCUCUGGGCAAGAUAUAUGUAUUAGUGCUUCCUCGAUGCCAGGUAUUUCUAAGUUUUACCUCUCAUCACUUUAAUCCCCCAAAUAAAAUCCUUUUGCUAGUUUUCUGGGGCCCACAUACCUGGCAGAUUGGUGGAUGCAGUAUCCUAUGCAGACUGAAGCCAUAGAUAAAAUCAAAAAUUAGAAUGCCCAUUUUACUCGAGGGUAAGUAAUUUUAAUUGGAGAAUGCCAAAUCAUCUCAUAUGCAUUAUUAGAGAAAAUAAACUAGAGAAUUCCUACUAGUCUGAAGGGCUGCAGACUUAGCCGCUAGAUUCCUCGAUGAUAUUUAGUUUUUUUACUUUUUCAUUACUUUUACUACAUUGGAAAAAUUUGAAAAAUUUCAGAUUUCCUGGAAGACAAGUAAGAUUCUGUGUGAUCUAGCCCUGCGACUUAUGACAAAUUUUCAAUAUUAUCCUGCCACCCACUCUCUUCCCAGGCCUUAGAAAUUGCUUGACACUCCUGAGCGUAACAGACUCCAGCCUUUAUUUCCACUGUUCCCUUUGUAUUGAAUUCUCUGAUGAAUAUGCGAUAUUUCAAGAUUUAGUUCACAAGUCACUCUGUGAAGUUUUCCAACAAUUCAGUCUACCUAAAACCCCAUGCCACUAGGUAAAGCCAGUUACCUUCUCUUUGAUGUCACACACUUAAACUUUAUUCUAGCUCCUGCUGCCCUGUAUUGUCCCCCAAAUACAAGCACCCUGAACUGUCAGCAUUUGAAUUCUAGUUCACCCACUUGAGAACUUUGUGGUCUUUGGCAAGAAAAGUGUAUGUCUUACAUACUAUAGCGUCAGGCCCAACAUAAACACUGCGGGUGGCAGCCGCUGCUGUUACUAUCGCUGAUGUUAUCUCAUUAACUUUGGAUA